UUCUGUUGAAGAGAGCAAAACGAAAAACUCGAGAAAAUGGCAAGAACCAAGCAGACGGCCCGUAAAUCCACCGGAGGCAAAGCCCCGAGGAAGCAGCUCGCCACCAAAGCCGCCCGUAAGAGUGCUCCAGCCACCGGCGGCGUCAAGAAGCCUCACCGCUACAGGCCCGGCACCGUGGCUCUGCGAGAGAUCCGUCGCUACCAGAAGUCCACCGAGCUGCUGAUCCGCAAGCUGCCCUUCCAGCGUCUGGUGCGAGAGAUCGCUCAGGACUUCAAGACGGACUUGCGCUUCCAGAGCUCCGCCGUCAUGGCCCUGCAGGAGUCCAGCGAGGCUUAUCUGGUCGGUCUGUUCGAGGACACCAACCUGUGCGCCAUCCACGCCAAGAGAGUCACCAUCAUGCCCAAAGACAUCCAGCUGGCCCGCCGCAUCCGUGGAGAGCGCGCCUAAACGCACCGCUCCUCCUAAACACAAAGGCUCUUUUAAGAGCCACUCCCGUGUUCACUUAAAGAGUUUCAAAUUGGUCUACGAUAUAUUGUCAGAAAUGGGUGUAAAGGUUUAACACCGCGUAAAGGCAGUGGUUCCCAAUCCUGGUGUCAUUCUGAUUCAGAAACUGCUCUGAAUGAUCAACUGCGGCCGGACAGAGCCUAGAGAUGAUUUCAUUGAUGGUGUCCACAUUUGCUGCAAAUGAAAGUCGUUGGUUUAGAAAUCUACAGCUAAUCCCUAAAUCACUCGAUUCUGUUCUGUCAACAUGUUUGCUGUUUAAUUAUGAAAUUACACCUGGACUCGACUGAUUAAAUGAUUAAGAGCUGUACCAGUAUGCAAUCUUCAGGUGCACAGAAUCUAUUGUGUUGCUUUAUU